AUGUCUUUGUCGACGGCGCAGCUGCUCAGGGACCUGACAGGUCUCACCUGGAGGCUCCCGGUGCAGUGUGCCCAGAUCCAUUCCAAGCCUCCGUGGGAGGAGCUUGGGACCAUGGAUGUUGCCGUUGGGCUUGCCUCCUGCGUCCUGUGUUUCCUCCUGCCAUCGGGCUGGGUCCUGUCACAUCUGGAGAGCUACAAGAAGCAGGAGUGAAGGGGGCUGUCCUGUCCCUCACUCUGUGACCUGACCACCCCUGGCCUCUCCUGAUCAUGUCUGCUGCAUCCCUGGCCAGUCUUCCCGGGAUCAUGUCCUUCAAUUACAAUGACCUCUUCUGCAGUCAUGACCUCUCCAUUUCUCCAUAUCGGAAGAGGGUC